AUGAAGCAGUUCAAAAGCUCACAUCUUCAACCCACUGAAGUGCAGAGAUUGCUCAAGAAAGAGGCUGAUAAGAGGCUUUCUGAGGACGGAGAUAUAUGUUGCGGUUCCGAUCAAGCCGGAAUAUCAGUAACAUUGGAGGAUGACGGAGAUGAGCCAUGGAAGGUUGAUGUAGCUCUUGCGGCAGCUGUUAGACCAAUUGUAGAAAGUCACUCAAACAAGGAGGAUCUCAUGAGCAUUUCUGUUCCAAGGGGAGGUAUUGUUGGCAUUCACCAGCUAAGGAGUGGCUUUCUACUAUAUCACAGUCAACUGAGGCCAUAUCAAUGCUAUGAACCCCAAAUAGUUGAACUUCGUCGAUUUCUUGAAUUUCAGUUGCCUCGGCAAUGGUCUCCAUCGUAUGAUGAUGUGCUUCAUGGAUUUCGUCCUAGAUGCCAAAAGAACAAGUCGCCAUCCCUCCAGUUCACCUUGUCGGGCUCCAAGCUUUAUGUUAACACAAUAAAGGUUGACUCUGGAUAUUGUCCUGUUACAGUUGACAAAGGCUACUUUGAACCUGUGAAGUGGAAAAGGCUUUCACAUGUCUGCACAGCGCCAGCAUUGUACAAUAUUUCCCUUGAUGAUGAGGCCCCAGCCAUUGUAACGAACGCCUGGCUUGAGGUCAAGCAUGAGAAGAGGAGAAAAGUUCUUUUCUUGAGGCUUGGGUUUUCCCUGGUAGAAUCAGCAGAAAUUUACGGAUCAGAAUGGGAUGGAUCUCCGUUUCCAUUUCGAAAGUCAGGGUUCUUUUCAGCAUUGAUGAGCAUAAUGCUGACCAAGGAACUGCAUCACGUGAUUGAGAAUGAAAAGCCGACUGAAGAAGAUAGCACAAAACCAAUAGUUUAUAAUGGUGAGUCUGGUACUGCGGCACCUGUUCCAAUAAAGGCCCCAAAAAUGCUGAGCUUUGUGGAUACAAAGGAAAAGGUUAGGGGUCCAGAAGACGCGUGA